CAGAAAGCUUUGCGCGCUUCUUGCGCGUGAUGUCCACCCGUCUUCCUGUGUCCGUUAUUAUUUUAUUUUUAAAAAUGUUUGGGAAUGGGAAGUGGCGGAAUUUGGUGUGGAUAUUCUUGGGAUUUGGUGCGUCGCUUAAUACGGUGUAAGGAGGAACAAAAGGAGAAUGUUAUCAGAUGGUCCCAUGCUAACGAAUGUUGACAGUCUGCGACCUGCCAGACUCUGAGGCGAUUAACGUUAAAUGAUACACAACUUUAAUCUCUGUCAGCGAUUUAAUAUUGAUAUUAAACUAAUAUCAAUGACAAUAAAUAAGACCAGAUGACUGAGGAGAGCUCAUAGUUAUGGAGAGUCCACAUCUACCUGCUGAGAUUAUUUCCUAUAUAAUGAGUUUCCUUCAUGUGACGGAUCGAAAGGAGGCGUCUCUAGUCUGUAAGAGUUGGUACGAUGCAUGCCAAGACCACCAGUUUCAGAAAAAUGUCACCUUCAAGUUCCCUGUUUCCACAUCUUCACUGGACUUCAUCCGUGCAGUUGCAAGGCGCCCUCGCUGUGGCCUAGUCAUUAGCCAUCUUGAUGGAUCCAGACUGUCAAGACAAGUACUCUUGGAGGUGGGGCUUCACCUCGGCCCUCGCUUGGACAGGUUGGCUCUACCUGGCAGCAGCAUCACAGAGGCCUCACUGCUGGGCCUCCUACCACAUCUGACCGGCCUCCGCACGCUGGACCUUCAGGGGCUGGACAGCCUCUUCAUGUCUGGAGCUUUUCUAUCUAGAGAGGAGCACCGUCGACAGGUCCAGAACGCUUUGAGAAACCUGGAGGAACUGGACCUGUCUGAUCUGCGCUACCUCUCAGACCUCUCUUUCAACCGCCUGACGAGUUGCACGCCCAGGUUAUGCAGUCUGUCCCUGGCUGGAUGUCACAUUGCUUUCGAGUUCGACCCAUACCGAGGUUGCCCGGUUGGGUUUGGCUCUUCCGCUCUAGUUUCCCUCCGUAACCUCCUGAGUCUCUUGCAGAAGCAGGCCUCCACGCUCCACAGCCUGGACCUGAGUCGCACCAGCAUCACUCCAGAGUCGCUCCGCUCCAUAGCUCAGGUGCCCGGUCUGCGUCUGGAGGAACUGAGUCUACGCGGCUGUAAAGAGCUGACGGACUACUCCAUGGAAAUCCUCUGCAAGCACCAGAACGGUCUGAAGAGGCUGGACCUCAGCGCGUGUACUGAGUUAACCAGUAGGACGGUGCUGGCUGUGGCCACUGAGCUGAAGGAACUGCGGUCGCUGUCACUCUCACAGGACUGGAAGAUUACAGAUAAAGGCCUGGCCAAGCUGAUGAUGCUGCCAUACUUGAGGAGUCUGGAUUUGUCGGAGUGCCUGCAUGUCAGUGGUGCAGACCUGGUGAAGGGAUUGUCCUCUCCACAGCCCAGGGCACAGCUGGAGACCCUGAGCCUUAGAAGCUGCGCUUACAUAAGGGAUGCAGUCAUGUUCUCCCUGACGCAGCUGCUCAGCCGUAACCUGAGAGAGCUGGAUCUCACAUCCUGCGUCUGUCUCACUGACCUGAGCGUUCAUGCAAUCGCAACGUACCUGCCUGCGCUGGUGGUGCUGCGGCUCGGCUGGUGCAAAGAGAUCUCUGAUUGGGGGCUGCUGGGGAUGGUGGAACCCACCAAAGUUUGUGAUCCAAGAGACAAAGAGGAGGAUAAAGGCCCAAGCUUUACUAGGACGUUUGGGAACAUGGGCUUUUUCCAGCCUCCCAGCCUGCCUUUCCAGGAGAAGCCACGUCUUGUGACUGAAGAGGACCUCGGGGCCUUUAGGGAUCAGGAGGGAGCAUCGCUUUUGGCCCUCAGGGGUCUUCAGGAACUGGACCUGUCGGCCUGCUCCAGGUUAACGGACACCAGUAUCACACAGGUUCUCCGUUUCCCAGACCUGCAACGCCUCUCGCUUUCUAUGCUGCCUGAGAUCAGCGAUGACAGCUUGGUGUCCAUAGCCCAUCACUGCCGCAGCCUCACCAGCCUGGCGCUCAGCCACUGUCCCCAGAUCAGUGACCAGGGCAUGGCACGGGCCCUUCCGCUCCUCCACAGACUGCAGCAUCUGUUCCUGGCUGGCUGUGACAUGGUUACUAACGAAACUCUUACCAUAAUUGCACUGCACUGUGACCGACUCCGGACCCUCGAUGUGUCCAUGUGCAAAGACAUAACAGUGCACCAGGUGGACCUCCUCCAGUUCCGACUGCCUUUCCUCGAGAAAGUUCAGUGUCGCAUUGCAAGUGGCGCAGAUUUUACUAUGGUACUAUGAAUCUGUAAUAGAGUACAUUAGUGCCCAUCCUCUUUUUUUUUAGCAGUGUUCCUUCCAGAAGUAAUUCAAUUCAUUUCUUCUGUAGAGAUUUAAAGACAGACAAAAAGACUUAAAGGCGAAAUUGAAGGAAAUAACUACAUGAAUAGAGCUUUUACCUCUGGAGCUUUUACUUCUGGAGCCCAACUGUUGCACUCGUAUAGUGAAAAUGCAUCACAUGAAAUAUAUUUAAAGCACUUUUAACUCGGGUAUGAAAGCGUAAUCAAUUACUAAAUGCUGUAUUGUUUUUGCAUAGGACUGUAAUUGUAAUAUUAAUAUUGUGAAUCACUGUUUGAAUGAUACUGAGGACCCAAACAUUUCAAAGUACGAUACUCCAGUAGUACUGUAAACAUGAUCUGCUAUUGAUUAGUAGAUAAUAAAUACAGAUAAUAAAUACGACAUUUUUAUUUUUUAUCUAUUCAUUAAAUUAUUUUACAACUGUGUUUUGUCUCCUCACGGGCUCCACAU